CACGCGGCGGCGGUGAACGACUGGCACGAGCGCUGGCGCGACGGCCGCAUCGGUUUCCACCUCCCCGCGACGCACCGAGCGCUCAUGAAGCAUAAAAACUCGCUCCUGGGCGAGGGGGUCACGUCCCCGCCGGAGCUCUCCAAGCGCGUGUUCGUCCCGCUGUGCGGCAAGGCGGUGGACAUGCUGUGGCUCGCGUCGUGCGGGCACAGGGUGUACGGCGUGGACCUCAGCGGCGUAGCGGCGAGGGACUUUUUCGAUGAAGCCGGUUUACCUCGGACGACGACGCCGGCGGAUGCGAUGGUUGCCGAACGAUGGAGCGCCGGUGUUAAAAGGGUCCACACCAGCGGCAACAUCGCCAUCGUGGAGGGGGAUCUCUUCUCGAUCCGUCCGGACCCGGACCCGAGGCCCGACGAGGACGACGCAAGGUCUUACGGGUGGUUCGGCGUGAUGCCCCGCGUCGACUCGGGUGGUUCGAUCAUCGCGAGGUCGUCGUCGAACAUCGCCAACGAGGACGGACCCGAUACGUCGUCGGCCCUGGACGCCAGGGUCGGGGCGCAGGGCAGCAUAUCGUUCCGCGAGGAGGCGCUGCGGUUCGCGUCAGGCGGCGGACCCGCGAUGGACGCGGUGUGGGAUCGCGGCGCCCUCGUCGCCGUCGAGCCGUCGCUUCGCGAUCGGUACGCGAGCGCCCUGGUGGCGCGAUUGGCCCCCGGGGGUCGAAUGCUCGUCGUGUCCCUGUCCUACGACCCGAACGCGGGGUGCGCCGGGCCGCCGCACAACGUCCCGCACGAGGAGCUCGUGCGGCUGUACGAGUCGCGAGGGUGCGAGGUGACGCUGCUGGGGAGCGAGGAGGUCAUCGAGUCGGCGCCGCCGCGUAUGAGGGAGAAGAUAUCGUCGAUGACGGAGAGCGCGUACCUGGUUCGGAAGCCGCACAGGCGCGGCAAGGGCGGGUUUCACCUGCCUCGGCCCAGGCUUUGACGCGGACUAGCUAGUACACAUCGGCGGACUAGCUCUUAGUACACCAUGAAAGUUACAACGCUUG